AUGCGUCGUCGAUACUGGGCAAGCGGCGGCGGUUGUGGUGGGGGCUGGCCCCUCAUGUACGUCCAACAACCCGGAGGCUGGGCCGAGCAGACAUGGGGAAUGGGCUAUGGACGACGUCCCAACAACAACAACGACGACAGCAGCAACGGCAACAAUAAUAACAAUAACAGGACCACCGCCAACAUCAACAACCUCCUCUUCCCCGCCGGCAGCCCUACUGAUGCCCUCAGCCUCGACGCCCUCAGUGCCCUCUUCACCCGUCUCAUACUGCAGAACCAUCUGACCCGGCUCGCAGGCGACGCUCUCAGCUGUCCUUCUGGCGGGGGCGGAGGCGCUUGUGGGAAUGAUGGUGGUGCUCUCUGGGGAUGCAGUCUCCCACCGCCCUUAGCCUCCUCGACCUCCCCAACGCCGUCUUGUCACCAUCGCCACGGCUGCGAUGGCUCAGCCCCUGUCCCAUGCCCUAGGAAUGUUAACAUGUGUACCCACACAAAUAACAGCAACAACAACAUCAACAUGGCUUACGUGUGCCACACCUGCCCUGCCGCCACAAAGCCGUACAUGGGACCACACAACGUCUUCGUCAUUCCCGCCGGGCAUAUCGGCGGUGGUGGUGGACUUGGACUCGGUGGCCUGGGGGGUCUCAGCGGCCCAAAUUACAACAUCAUCGAUCUCAACAUGUUCCUUAGUGCGUUGGGUCUGGCCUUGGGCACAACGGCGUCGCCAGGUGCGAGUGUGAGCUUCUCACCGGCCACCGGCCAUCAUAAUCUUCCUGUAUUUGACCGGGCCCCUUGGGGUCAGACAGGCCACGGUGAGCUGGGAUUUAGCUGCAGUCGGUGCAACUUUCAGAUGAUGUGA